AGUCCCCACUGCACACGCAUGACCGGCGCACUACGGCUGCAGCGCGUGCGACACGAAUAUUCGUUUCUAAAUUCCGCCCGUCGAUUUCGGUUCCGCGCGACCGUGUGACCUCACCUUAACGCAUACCCGUCAAUUUCGUUUACGCACUACAGUUCCGACAUGUGAUUUGCGAAAUUCGCAUCCGUUCUUUAAUUAGUCUAGCUGUUGAUUGAUUUAUCGGCGCGUUGUGUUUUUUUUUUUUUAAUAUGCCACCUGCCUUACCCAGUGCAUUAUAAGUUCCUGAUUUCGGUUUGAUAUUCAUUCCCAUUUUUCACGAUCGCAUUGAAUUUCAAAUAUAUCUUUAUAAACGUUGGUGUUUUUAUUUGUGAGACUAUUUCCCGUUGUGUGUUCGAUGGUGUUGUUUGUUGGUGGCUGCAUUGUGAAACAGUUAUGGGCAGAAAACUGAGCAUAUUCACCACAAGACUGGCUGCGUUGCUGGUACUCCAUGCUGCUGGGGCAGGGUAUGCGUCACCAACCGUCCUGGUGACGAGGCCAGAAUCCAGGCACGUGGAAUGGCUGCCGACGGACAACCAAACUGUUUAUAGAUUAAAAGAGGGGGAGACGAGGAGUUUGGAGUUGAAUACGUCUUCGAUAUCACAAGCCAUUGUGUUCAUCACGAUCAGCCCUUGUACAAAGGAUUUCCAAUGGGCUCUAUAUUAUGGAAAAGCUGGCACUGCUAAUGGACACCUCAGUUUACAGAAAGAAAACAGCAAUGGAGACAUGAGUACAUUUUCUCUACUAAUUUCCUCGUACGACAAAUAUGUUCUACAGUUGUCGUCCGCAAAAGGCGGCGCAUGCGUGGUGAGCGCGCGGGGCGAGGCGCCGAGGCAAGUGCGUUUGAGACUUCGAGUCCGGUCAAGGCGCAGGCUGGCGGCAAACUGGGAUCCCAGUCCAAUAGACCCCAACGACACAUCAUACUGCGUCGUCGCAUCGCAUAGAAAGAAUUACACUUCACUCUGUGCUGCCCAGCAUGAUAUAAAGACAAGUCGUCUGGAGAAGUCCAAUACAGGGUUGAGCCAGAAGGUAGAACAUCCAGAAAAUGCCAACAUUUCCACAGAAGACAACAAGAUAGACAUGGAAGAUACUUUUAAUAUGUAUGAGGGAUAUUUCAAGAGCGUUUACAGGAGAAAGAAAUUUGGUCGCAGUACAAAAGUAACUACCGAUGAAGAUCCAGUCAUAGCGUGUGUUGGUGAACGAACACAUCACUUGAUCGAAAACUUGGAUCCUAGUACGAUGUACUACGUCAGCGUUUUCGGUGUAGCUAGAGAUCGUCGAUCUGGUUCCCUAUUGGCGACCGGCAGCGUGCGUCCGCGCACAUCUACAGCAAAACGUCUUCGGGAAAACAUGCCCAAUAAAUCAGAUGUUCGAGGGAAGAGCGUUUAUUAUUUUAAAGCUACGAUUGGAGCUGGCGGUGGUUUAUGGCUGACAGUGACGACCUGCGGAGGCUCGGUUGAUGUUGAAGUUUUAGUGAGAGGGAAAAGACUGUAUUUAGCCAAAAAUAUUGAUCCGCAUGCGAAAUUCUUCGUCGCCGCCCCAAUGAUGACAUCCUCAAUUCAAGAAACGAGCGAUGAAGGCUCCGUACAAUUUGAUUCGAGCUCCGAAGAAACCAGGAUGAGAUACGUUAUCAAAGUGGUUCCCAGUAGAUGGGACAGAGAUGGUGCUGUCAAUGUAGAGGUAACAGCAUCAACGACGAGAUGGGGAAUUAACACGCCCGAAUUGCUCGGCGACGGAGCGAUUGUGAGAGAGUUGAGACCUCGAAGAUCUUGCAAAUCAGUCGACAUAGCGUUCUUGCCUGCCACACACAAUGCUACUGAGGUUAUAAGAUAUUGUACAACAGUCCGAGAAACUAUGUUCGGAGAAGCCUUCCCUUGCUUAUCGCUGAAGAAAGUAUCAUCAAAGAUACAAUGUUUGAACCAAACGCAAAGGACUGCUGCAAGAGUAAUUGUACAGAAGAUUGGCGGUUUAAAAGCGGGAAGAAAAUAUGCGAUACAAGUAACAGCAACCAGUAAAGGCAGUCUCGUUCCGUACAAUGUUUUGUACGUUGAUACGAACAUGUCAUGCAAAGACAAUUAAUGGGUUUGGCUUGGCAAUGAGCCUGUAAUUAGUAUGAAGGGAUUUUAAAAUAAAAUUAAAUUGAAACAACCACAGCGAAAGCCCUUUUCAAUCUAUUAAAAUUGUUAAUGUGUCGUGAGGAUGCUAUAAUGCCGACAGCAAUUUAUCCGAAAUGCUAAUUAAAUCGGUUAUUAAUAUAUAAGCGAUUGUUAAUUUAAUAAGAUCGUGCAGUAAUUCAAAAAAUGUCUGAUUAGCAGAUUUUGGAUUUUGUAAAUAAAGUCGUAAAUCGUAGGCGUCAAUAUUUUCAUUAAACCAACUAGAUGCUUAUUUUGUUCAGAUUGUCCAAAAUUGACGAAUAAAAAAACUACAAUAAGUAUGAAUUUUCUUACUAACUGAAAAUAAUGUACUUAAUGUAAUAAAUAUAAUUUAAUUUUAUAUAGGGGUUCAAACGCACCCUUGAACGUUCACAGAAUCUUGUAUUGUGAGAAUAAAAUAUAUAAAGUGAUUUACUUUAUAUAAUUUUACUAGCAGUCUAACUAAAUAGGUAGUUUUGAUUUACAACACGCAAGGGGUAUGCAAAGGCGCAACCAGGGCACCCACUUUUCACCAAGUGUGUUGCGUCCCUUAAUGUGAUAGUGGGCGAGCCCAUCCCCAUAUCGGGCACAAUUCCAGACUCUGGGCUUAUACUGAGCAGAAAACCCAAAUAUCAUUUUGCCCGGCCCGGGAUUCGAACCUAGGACCUCAGCACGCUGCAGUACUGCGCAUGCAUUACAAUUUACAACUGCAGCACCGAAGCAGUUCCUUUUGAUUUACGAUCACAAAAAAUAUUUAAUUUCAUUUGUUUUACAUGAUCUUUUGUACCCUUCAUACAAGUUACAUGAGUGGUUCAUUAAUACAGACAUAGAGAAAUAAACAGAGCUCACGGCUCAUACAUUUUUAUAAAAAAAAAAUGUAUACCUACUCCUAUAGAAAAUAUAGCUCAAAUUAAAUCUAUGUACUAAUUUGGCCUAGAAAGUUAAGAUUAAUUUUUCGAUUCUUGUUUGAUUUUGUAAAUAAAAACACAUAAUUAUGCGAGCGAAGUUCCAUUUAUUUUAAUAUUUUGAUAAGACUGUAUACUACAGUAACACACAUAGAAACACUCUCCAGUGUUGCCAAUAUAACACUGUAUUGCAGCAUUAAGCCCAUUUUCUCUAUGACUGUAACAAAUAUGCUUUUGGUAACAGUAUUAGUAGUUUUUUAUACAAUAUGUAAUCAUAAGUGUAUUGGUAAAUGUGGGAAUAAAUAUACGCUAUAAGUUAUAGUGGAUAGUCAUAAUUUAAGUAUAGAAAAUGAUAUUCCUAAAACGUUAAAAAAAUUGUAAAUACGUUUGCCCAGUUUUUAUAUUUAAUGGUAGGUAAUGUGUAAUGUUUUUAUAUUAAUUAAGUAAGAUAUUGUAGGUUGUACUAUUGUGGCAUUUAUUUAAGAUGUGGAAACGUACUACCUAUAAUUAAGUUCCUAUUAAUUGAUGUAAAUAGAUUGUAUUGUGUCUAUAAAUAAAUUGUAUCAUUUUUCUGUUA